AUGAGGAACAUAGGUCAUGAAGAACGUUGUGUGUUGAAGGUACAUGAGAACACAAGGUACAUGAGGAACACAAGGUACAUGAGGAACACAAGAUACAUGAAGAACACAAGGUACAUGAGGAACACAAGACAAUCUCAGGGUGUAAGAAGAUCAAAGGUGCGUGAAGGCCACCAGGUGGUUCAGGAUCACAAGGUGCGUGAGGGCCACUAUAUGUUUGAGCAUUACAAGGUGCGUGAGGGCCACUAUAUGUUUGAGCAUUACAAGGUGCGUGAGGGCCACUAUAUGUUUGAGCAUCACAAGGUGCGUGAGGGCCACUAUAUGUUUGAGCAUUACAAGGUGCGUGAGGGCCACUAUAUGUUUGAGCAUUACAAGGUGCGUGAGGGCCACUAUAUGUUUGAGCAUCACAAGGUGCGUGAGGGCCACUAUAUGUUUGAGCAUUACAAGGUGCGUGAGGGCCACCGGAUGUUUGAACAUCACAAGGUGCGUGAGGGCCUGGAUGUUUGA